AUUUUCAAGACACCCCACCCCCUCCCACCUUCUUCACCACCCUCUCGUUCUCCCAUCUUUUUCUUGCAAAAUCCAAGUAAAAGAGUAAAAACCCCUUCUGAAAAAUCACUUGUUUCUAAAUUUUUAGUUUUUUAUUUUUUGGGAAUCUAUUUGUAGUUAUUUAGCUCAAUAAAUGCAAAAAGUAGUGUUUCAGACAAGCUGGUUCUUUUGUUGUUGAUGAUUCCAGAGGGAGGGUCACUACAACUCUUCAUUUACCUCAUUCAUUAAUUUCUCUAACUUUUUUUCCUCAGCUUAACUAUUAAUUGUUUCCAGAAAAUCAUUUGUUCUUCAUCUGGGAUUUUCCUCCCGGAGACCCUUUACCGGCAUGGAGGCGAUCCGGCGGCAGCUUGCGAGAUCUUCGCUGGUGGCGCUCUUCUUCGCCGUCCUCACCGUCGGCGCGUUCAUUUGCACGCGCUACCUCGACUCCUCCUCUGCAGAUUCCAAAGUUGAGCGCGCUUGAACCUGAGUAGUAUUAGGAUGGGUGACCUCUUGGAGAUGGUAGAAAUGAACUGGAAGUGGAAGGAAUUUCCUUGUCAAAUAUUUGAUGGACAGAAGUUCCUCACAGAAUCCAAUACUAACCACUAAAACGGUUCAUGAUUUCCCUUCCGAAACUCCUCAAAACCACCAGAACACUCCUAAGACCAUAGAUAUCCCACUCAACUGUUCCCUCGGCAACAUGUCUCGGACCUGCCCUGCCAAUUACUACCCAUCUAAGAUCUUUGUUGAAGAUCAAAGCCUUUUGUCAGCGCCGCCUCCGUCUUGUCCCGAUUACUUCCGUUGGAUUUAUGAUGAUUUAUGGCCGUGGAGGGAGACAGGCAUUACUAGAGAAAUGGUUAUGAGUGCCAGUCGAACGGCUAAUUUCCGGUUGGUGAUAUUGGAUGGGAAAGCUUACGUGCAAACGUACAGAAAAUCGUUUCAGAGUCGGGACACAUUUACGCUAUGGGGGAUCCUGCAGUUGCUGAGGAGGUACCCCGGCAAAGUGCCUGAUUUGGACUUAAUGUUCGAUUGUGUUGAUUGGCCGGUCAUCAAAAAAGAAACUUUUAAAGGUCCCAAGUACCCCGCACCACCACCGUUGUUCCGAUACUGUGGGGACGAUUCCUCAUAUGAUAUCGUCUUUCCAGAUUGGUCGUUCUGGGGCUGGCCAGAGAUUAACAUAAAACCAUGGGAGGCAUUGUCUGAGGACCUAAAGGAAGGUAAUAAGAGGAUUGGAUGGACGGACAGGGAGCAGCAUGCUUAUUGGAAAGGCAAUCCAACAGUUGCGGCCACCAGGAUGGACUUGCUCAAGUGCAAUGUUACGGAUAAGCAGGAUUGGGGCGCUCGCGUCUUUGCUCAGGACUGGCUGAAAGAACAAAAAGAGGGUUAUAAGCAAUCAGAUUUAGCGAGCCAAUGCGCUCACAGAUACAAAAUCUACAUUGAAGGAUCUGCGUGGUCAGUGAGUGAGAAAUACAUUCUAGCUUGCGAUUCCGUCACACUACUCGUAAAGCCUUAUUACUACGACUUCUUCACGAGAAGUUUGAUGCCUUUGCAACAUUACUGGCCAAUUAAGGAUGAUGACAAGUGCAGAUCCAUUAAACACGCAGUCGACUGGGGAAAUAGCCAUCAACAAGAGGCUCAGGCCAUCGGCAAGAGAGCAAGCAAUUUCAUUCUAGACGAGCUGAAGAUGGACUACGUUUACGACUACAUGUUCCAUCUCUUGAGCGAGUAUGCCAAGCUCUUAAAAUACAAGCCCACCGUGCCUAAGAGAGCUGUCGAACUCUGUUCGGAGGCAAUGGCCUGCCCUUCGCAAGGAUUCGAGAAGAAAUUCAUGACGGAUUCUCUAGUUAAAGGUCCGAGUGUUUCGAACCCAUGCACGAUGCCUCCACCGUACGAUCCCGCAUCUCUUCAUUCUGUUAUUGAAAGAAAAGAUAGUGGCAUAAAGCAAGUAGAGACGUGGGAAAAAGAAUACUGGCAGAAUCAGAACAAGCAGAUGUAGGAAAAAGAAUACUGGCAGAAUCAGAACAAGCACAGAUGUAGGAACCUUACAACAUCUUUUCCUUCUUUGUUUCCUGCAGUUACAUACAAAUGAAUGUAUAAAUUUGUCUCUUCUUAUACUAUGUUUAUCCAAAUUAAAUGAUGCAUCCCAUGACCUAAUAAAACCCAAGAAAAACUAUGCAAUGCAAUUCCGAUUCUUUAUUCUGAA